AGAGUGGGAGGGGCGGGGAGAGCGAAGGGAGCAGGUAGUGUCGCGCUGCAUUGUGGGACUCAGGGCAGAGUAACAGUGUGACAUUGGGCUGAGGAGAUGGAGAGUCCCGUCACCCCAUGGGAGCAAGUCAUCUAGGUACAUGGAAAGGGGCGUCAGGACUCCGCUGGGGCAUUCUGGGACCCCCUUGCUAUAGAGCAGGAUGAUGAGGGCAGGGAAGGUGAAGAAGAAGCCUCGGAGAGGGAGUGAGACGGAGGAGAGUCUGUGCUGCUGUGAAUAUAUAAACCAGAAGGGGGAGAGGAGCCACCUGGCUGCCUGCCUGUGCGAUUGUGAGGAUGUGGAUGAAGCUUGUGACAGAUGGAUCAGUCGUAAGUCCUCCCAGCCAGAGGUGUGGGCCAGGGCCUUAGAGACGGCCUCAGAUCGGUUCCGCGUUCCUUGGAUCCGGGGCGCUAGGAGGAUAGAUGUGAGCAUUAUCCCUCCUCUCAUUGUCCUGCCUGCCGCCCUGCACCUCGCUGCCCUCCAUGUGCUGCUGGCUGUGGUUACUCUCACCUCCCUCCCUAUCUUUGUCAUCUGGUACUACCACCUGACCCACAGGCGCAAGGGCAAAACCCUGCUCUUCCUCAGCCUGGCGCUCUUCUCCCUGGGGUACAUGUAUUAUAACUUCGUGCAGGAGGUGUUUAUCAGAGGCGACAUAGGGUGGGGUCAUUUCAUUUCCAUCACAUGUGGGCUGCUCUUAACCCUGCUCACCUUGGUUAAGGUCAAGCAAGACCCAGGCUACCUCCUAAAACAUGCAAAGGACUCUGGGAUGAAGUCUGAGGGAGGCUGCGAGUUGGCCAAUGGAAUUCAGACUGUUAGAGACUGUGAUGGUUUCCCCCAGCCUCAAACAGAUGGAGAUUCCCUCGUCGCUGAGAAGAACUGGUGCAAAAUGUGUCAACUGGUAAGACCCCCGCGUAGCGGCCAUUGCAUGAUCUGUGGCUUCUGUGUCCGGAGACUGGACCAUCACUGUGUCUGGAUUAACAACUGUAUCGGUUCCCACAAUCACCGCUUCUUCAUCCUCUUGCUCCUCUUCUUCCUCUUUACCUCUGUCUAUGGGAUCACCGUGACGCUGAACCUCCUCUGUAGGGGCAGGAAUGCGUUUGUUGCUCUCCUCUACUGCCCUGGGGUAUAUACAGAAUACAGCACUGCCUUCAACUACACCUGUGUGUGGUACUGUGCCAUCGUCACGGCCGGGAUGGCCUACAUUCUCCUCAUACAACUCAUUAACAUCAGCUACAACGUGACGGAGAGGGAGGCGCGCAUUGCUCUGCGCAACAAGACGGCGCGUCGGAUGUUCUGCGGCCUGGUGGUGGACACAGGAGCUUACAAUCAGGGGUUUUUUCAGAACUGGCAGAACUUCCUGCAAAUGGACUGUUCCGCAAGUGCCGAUGAGCUGGGUGCCAUUGUGUGACGCCACUCCGUGCUUUAGCCAGUCACCCGUUGCCUUAUUGCUAGGGACCUGCCGGAUAUAGCACUUCUUUUACUGCCUACAGGGACUUUUUAUGGUUUUAAGCAAUUUUUUGUAAAUGAAGGUUGGUUUAAUUGCACAUAUAACUUAAACUACAGAUUAUCCAACUGAUACACAUUUGUAAAAAAAAAAAAUGCUAUAUAUAUAUAUAUAUAUAUCUAUAAAUACAAAAAUGAGGCUCCACUGUAUUAUUCUUGUUAGGGUUCCCCCCCCCCCCCUCUUCUAAGAAGGCCUUGCAUAGGCUGCCCCUAUUGGUCAGUAGUACAGCUGAGCCCCCUGUGGGUCAGCGGUAGGGCCGAGCCCCCUAUGGGUCAGCGGUAGGGCCGAGCCCCCUGUGGGUCAGCGGUAGGGCCGAGCCCCCUGUGGGUCAGCGGUAGGGCCGAGCCCCCUGUUGGUCAGUAGUACAGCUGAGCCCCCUGUGGGUCAGCAUGGCCGAGCCCCCUGUGGGUCAGCGGUAGGGCCGAGCCCCCUGUGGGUCAGCAGUAGGGCCGAGCCCCCUGUGGGUCAGCGGUAGGGCCGAGCCCCCUGUUGGUCAGCAGUAUGGCUGAGGCCAAGCUUCCAUAUCAUCUCCCUCUUAUUGAGUUAUUUUUUGUGUUGACAUGUGUGAGCGCUGUAUAAUAAAGGACACAGGGUAGGUAUCAGUGCUGUAUGUAAGUAGUGCUGUCAUGUAACGGUUUAUAUCCAGAAAACCCCAGGCCCCAAGCAUUCUGAAUAACAGGUCUCAUACCUGUAUAUACAUAUAUAAUGUGACACUAUGCAGGGCUAUGUGAUACACUGAGGGUGAGAGCAGCAAGUUUAUUUAUUGGUAUUUUGCUAGGGCAGUGCCCUCCUCUCCGCAUACACACGUAUCCAACCACAGCGCAGACACUCCAGGUUCAGCAUUUCCUCCGGGAAACCUGACUGCCCCCCGACUGUUGAAUGAAAUCUUUCUGCCAGCGCAUUCUAUUUGCCAGCUUGCACAGGUGCCUUUCCACCAGCUGAAGAUGCUGGGCACAGAAACCCACUGCCUUCCCCCUUGACGUGCUGCCAACCCAUAGCAACCAUGGGCGCAACUUAUAAUGGAGAUUUUUAA